AUGGAAUAUGCCGACAAGCAAUGGUACUCUCCGAAAAUAUUUGAAAGAAAAUUUUUAAAAAAUCUCGCUUGGAAUGAUAAAUUAAAUCUUGCAUUCCAACUGCAGAUUUUGGCUUAUCAAAAAGAAUUGUGGUCUCAAUCAAAAACAUAUGGAUUAAUUACUUAUAUUGAUCCAAAAAGUUUUAUAGAAGUACAACAGCGUUGCCUCAGUGAGACACCCACUCACGAUACACCUGAAGAAUAUAUAAAAAUUUAUACUAAUUGUUGGAAUAUUGAACCUGAUAAUCGUCCAACUAUCAAUCAAGUAGUUGAUGAAUUAAAAGCAAUUAUAAUAAAAGGAAAUAUAGUAAUAAAAGUUUUUCAUAUAUAUAAUGAUAACAAUAAUAUCAAAUCAUCAAAAAACCAUAAACUUCCUAAUUUAAAUGUUAGAAUUUCUGAAAGCACUAAUUCAUUACAUAAAGAAUUAUCUCAGAUUAUUCAAAACUUUAAUAUGAUGAAUACAAAAGAAAUAGAAUCUUCAAUGGAAGCAAAAAGUCCUAAGUUAUCUAAAUGA